GUUUCCGGCUGAAUUUAAAUUAACAGAAGCAGCUGCUGCUUGCUGCGAUCGAACUCACACACACGGUGCGACGCCAAGCGCUGUAAGAAAGCACGAAAUCGUUCGGCGGAAGAGCGGAAUACGAGGGGCGGAAGCGAUGGGCAAGCCGGCAGGCUCAUGCUUCAAGAUAAUGGGCUGCGGUGGAGGCGGAGGGGACGCCGUCGAAAAUGACGAUCUCUUGCCGGAAGAGGCUACAACUUCAGCAGACAACCGUAGGUGGAGUUUUCGAAAGAGAUCAUCUAAGCAUCGUGUCCUAAGCAACACAGUGAUCUCAGAACCCAUAUCUGUUUGCUCCAGUAAGGAAAGCCAAGAACUUUCUACUGCUAAUCUCCAAUCUCCAAAUUUUUCUUUCCCAGAAGCGGUCCAGGAACAAGAAAAGCAAACCAAAACUUCUCAAUUGCCAUCAGAGAUAUCAAAUACAGAAGCUACUUCAGCCCUUUCUAACAAAACUGCAACUCCAGCUGGUUUUGCUCUCAGUGAAUCUAUUGUAGUUAUCUUUCAGGCAUCUAUAAGGGGAUAUUUGGCUCGGGAAGAACUACACAAACUCAAGUGCAUUGUCAAGUUGCAAGCAAUUGUACGUGGAUAUCUGGUUAGGAAGCAGGCUAUUGGAACUUUGCAGUGUAUUCAGGCCAUCAUCAGAAUGCAAGUGCUUGUAAGAGCUCGUAUUACUUGUCAAUUGGCCGAGAAGUUAAGGUCAGCCAAUAAUGGGAAUUUCCAGGAGGAGGGAGGUUCUUUCAAUAAUCCAGACAAGUCACUGAUUAACAAAUUACUUAAAAAUCGCUUUGCUCGUCAGCUUAUCGAGUCUACACCUAGGAAAAAAACAAUCUUUGUCAAAUGUGGUCCAUCAGAGUCUGAUUCAGUAUGGAAGUGGUUGAAGAGAUGGACUGCUGUCACUUCAUCAGGAGUAAGCCAACAACCUGUGAAAAAAUUUGACAUUGGCCACCGGCUGCUUGAAGGGAAAACUGAUGAUGCUGAGAGCGUACCUAAGAAAUCGAUUCCUCAUGCAGUUUCCGCAGACUUUUCUGAUCCAGUGUUGGUUACAAGCAAAUUGAUAAUGGAAGAUGAUGGCAAACAUGACUUCAUGAUUGAAAACAUCGGUGGCUUUCAGUCUUGUACCUCUGGCUUUCAGUCUUGUACCUCUCUAGCUGCUCAAUAUAAUUCAAACUAUUUACAGGAGGAGGAUGCUGAGAAAUUGCAACCCAAAAAUGACAUUUUGGACAUUCUGGACAAUAAUGAAUCAAAGGUUGUUAAUGAUGAGAGAUUGGAUUGCAUAGCCAGUAACAAACAAGCAGAGGCAAAUAGAAGUUCAGGAUUAACAGGUGAUACUUCACCUGUUAGGAAAUGCAGUUUCAACCAUGAUACUGGAAAGGCAUGCUCUGAAAUUCUAGAGAAUGGAGGUAAGAAAUUUGCAAUUAGUUCAAGAAAACCAUGCAACCCAGCAUUUGUUGCAGCUCAGUCGAAGUUUGAAGAGUUGAGUUCAAAGUUAGCUGUUGGCCUAUCUGUCAGUUCUGCUUAUCAAAUUUCCUCAUCAAAAUCAAAAUCAGAAAACCAGACCAUUCAUGCAAGUUCUUUAGCAGAUGAUAAUACUGAAGAAAUUUCAGCUAAAACCUCAGUAUUCUACGAUUCAAAGCUUCAAACUGCAGCAUCAGAGUGUGGCACUGAGAUUUCUAUCUCUUCCACGCUUGAUUCGCCUGACCGAUCUGAUACAGAAGGUGGGGAAAUUGUUCUUGAGAUCAGAACCUUGGAGAAUAAGAAUUAUGGCAUUGCAGCUGAUGCAGAGAAUGCUUUUGAACCUUCCAGUCUAAGUGGUAAUGGUAGACCUGAUGGCAAAGAUGAUGAGAGUGCACAUUCAAUUGCUUCCAUCAACUUCAUGCAGUUAGAUAACAAUCCGGCUGAGACAACCACAUCAGAUGCAGCGACUCAUCUGGAACUCACAACAGAACACGGUAGAUCACUUGAAGGACCUCCAAUAAACUAUGAAUUGGCAGCUGAUCCACAUGGAACCCCAUCUAGUGGUAUAUCUGAGAACUCUAUAAAGAAAAAGAAGUAUGAUACCACGUCUACACAUAGGCAAAGACUGCAAUUCAUUGGUAAAAAGCCAUCAUCAGGUCCAAAUAAUGAUUCAGGCAUAAGAUGUAGCACGGAAAAUUUAAGCAUGGAUGUGAAAAUUCCAAAGAGGCACAACUCAUUCGGGAUGGCAAAGAAUGAUAAUGUUGAACAGGAACCUAGGCUUAGUAGUAGCAACUCCCUUCCAGGUUAUAUGCAAGCCACUGCAUCAGCAAGAGCUAAAACCUAUGCUAGUACAUCUAGGAAGUCCAGCCCCGAUAUGCAAGAUAAUCAGCAGAAAAAGCGACAUUCCUUACCUAUCGAAAAUGGCAAGCAGAGUUCAUCCCCACGCAUGCAAAGAUCAGCAUCACAAGCCCAGCCAGAUGCUAAGGCCAACUGCGUUCAUUCUCCUCACACUUCAGCAGAGAGAAAAUGGCAAAGAUGAAAAAAAUAAACAUCGAAGACAAGUGAUCAAGAUGCAGACCUGGAAUUUGGUUUUGCUAAUUAAAUGUUUCUAGUUGAGUUGGUUUAUUCAAGUGUUUCAUGAUAUUAUGGUCAUCUUAUAUUGGGGCAGAAUAAGAAGCUUACGAACAUUGUUAUAAAUAUAAAUUGUGCACAUCCCAUACUAGAAAAGUUCCUAUGUAUCAAGCUUGUCUAUGUUGUGAUAAUAUGUGUACGGUGUUGUCUAAGGAUGGAUGUCUACGAGCAUUUGUUAUAUAGUGAGUUUUAUGUAUGUAUUUUGAUAUUUGAUGUGAUAUCUAAUGUAAAUGUGAAUGGAAAAUGGAUAGGAGGGGAUGCAAA